CCAUUCCCUGCUGGGCUCCUGGCAUCCCCCGGCUCUCGGGUGUGGCCCAACUCCGCAGUCAGCAGCCAGGCUGGUUGCAGUGAUGCGGGAGCAGCCCUCAUCCAAAUGGGAAGCCCUGUUAGUAACCGGGCUGGGAGCAGGGGGGACUUUCUUGUCAAUUUUAGGGCGCCAUGGAAUUGGACAGGAAAGUCAAGAAAGAAUAACAGCCGACAGCUGGUAAUGUCAAACUUUGAGCAAUCUGAAUCAGACUUUUACCAGUCUAACUAUGCCACUGAUAUUCAAGAUCAAGGUUAUAGUGAUUCAGGGGCCCAUAAAAAUCUUUAUGGAAGCCAAAAGUGCCAGGGACAGGAGUUGCCUCAACCUGAUGCUUUUGUUCCUCUAGAAAUGCUUUCGUCUUCUCAAAGUUACAUAGGCCAGAUUUUGCAGCCAACAUACAAUCCAGAGUUUUUAUCUCACUCUAGUUAUGCUGACAGUUUUGACGAAGAACCUCCUUUGCUAGAAGAACUUGGGAUUAAUUUUGAUCACAUAUGGCAGAAAACAUUAACAGUUCUAAACCCAAUCAAACCAGCGGAUGGCAGCAUUAUGAAUGAGACAGACCUGACUGGACCUAUGGUUUUCUGUUUGGCCCUUGGAGCUACACUGCUACUGGCAGGAAAAGUUCACUUUGGCUAUGUAUAUGGCAUCAGUGCUGUUGGGUGCCUAGGAAUACAUGCUUUACUGAACCUGAUGAGCAUAGCAGGUGUCUCAUAUGGCUGUGUUGCCAGUGUACUGGGCUACUGCCUGCUACCCAUGGUGGUCCUGUCCAGCUGUGCAGUCUUCUUCUCACUACAGGGGAUACUUGGAACCUCGUUAGCUCUGAUUAUUAUUGGAUGGUGCAGUCUGUCAGCUUCCAAAAUUUUUAUCUCUGCAUUAGCCAUGGAAGGCCAGCAGCUUCUCGUGGCUUAUCCCUGUGCUCUACUUUAUGGUCUUUUUGCACUUCUGACUGUUUUCUGAAAUGUACUUUGUGGCAGCCUGAUUAUAUUCUAUGUCUGUGGGUGUUUUUACUUUUAAUCCUCCUAGAUUCACAUGAAAUUCCAUUAACAAAAAUAGAUUAUGAUUUACCUUUUAUUUUCUUAAUGGAUCAUGGAUAAAGAAAUAAAACCAGGAUGAUAACUUUAAUAACGACAUUCUAAAAGUCUCAAACCUUAAAAACAUUUCGCUCAGAUACUAGUAAAAAUAAGGCAUCUGAGGGAGGAAAUAUGCAAAAUAAAAUGUAAUUUUAAAAAAUGAUAUUGUGUACUUGCAGUGUUUUGAUGGGGAUAAUAUAUAUUGUGGAAGGGGUAAGUGAAAUGCAAUAACAAUGCAGUAUUUUAUAGGCAUAGUAACUCAAGUGAAAAGUUUCAAGUAAUUGUUUUAAUGUAAGUAAUGUUCAGUUUGGCAUUUUACAUGAAUAUAAAAAAGAAUUCUUUCCUUUUUUUAAAAAAGAGGUUGAAUGGCCUUUGUUUAUAAUGUUGAAGAAUUGCCAAAGAUGGACAGCAAGAGCGAAGUUGUUACAAUACAAUGUAAGCAAACUAGGAAUGUCAUCCUGUUUUUUGGUUUUUUUUUUUUAAGAAAUGUGGCUCUGCAAAGCCUUGUUGUACUGUACAUAAUGUACAGUAAUGCUAGAGUCUAAAAUUGCCACUAAACCACUGCCUGCUGUCACUGCAGAAAAAACACUGCACAAAGCAAAGGUAACUACUAAAUAUGUCUCCUGAAAGGCAGAACUGCAUUUGUGCAAGCAAAGUACAAAUCUCACCCAUUUUGUAUACAGAAAAAAAAUCUAUUCACUGCUGUUAGUAUUACAGCAACCCAACAUUUUUGUAACAGUGCUGGAGCACUGAAUGCAUAAAAUAUUUCAAAAAGUACUAUUGGGAGUAUCAAGCCAUCAGACGGGAAUAAAGAUGUCUGGGUAUGCUUAACAUUUUAAGAGGCAGUAUCCUGUGUUAGUGAAAGAAACUGAAGAAUGUAGUCAUAAAAAGGCUCGAGAAACAACACUGUAA